UUUCGAUAUUUAACAAACCACAGCCAAGCAAAUCUUUUGUUUUCUCCCACUUAUCCUUAUUCACUAAUCACAUGAUGUGCAUAUAGAUAUAUGCAUGUGUCUAUGUUUAUCUUCUUCUUACAGCUUGAGUUUCAAAAAUGUUGACAUUCCCACUUUGUGGUUGUGAGUUAUCUUCAGAAUCCAAGACUCUAGGUUUUGCUGCUUCACUGAUUUCUAUCUCGCAAACCAGAAGACAGAUUGUGCUGGGACGACGCGAUUCCGUCAAAGUUUCUGCAGCAAAAUCCGGAAAUUUCUCCCUUGGUUCGAUAUUCAAAAGCUGUGACACUUAUGGAGCCAAAGGAGCAAUUGAGUGCCCCGGUUGCAAGGGAACAGGUAGAAAUAAGAAGAAUGGAAAUAUUUUCGAGAGGUGGAAAUGUUUUGAUUGCCAAGGAUUCGGUAUGAAGAGCUGUCCUAAAUGUGGCAAGGGAGGUUUGACGCCAGAACAGAGAGGGGAAAGAUAGAAGAACUAUACUACUUGUUUCUAAUAAACAUGUAUCUAUUUCCAUUAAUAGAAAGAAGCGCUAGAUGUGAAGAAGGAUUGAGUUUUGUGGUUAUACUGAGAUUUCUACAAUGCAUAUGGUGAAAUUCUCUUAUAGAUUAUUGUAAUGGUUUGUAUGGAUAUGCUUUAAAAGGCAUGAAGGGCAUUAUUUCACUGAUGCUCUCUCUUACAUUUGAAAUUUUCACAGAA